ACUUACUUCCUAUUUUGGUUUUUUUUUAUAUCAUAAGCCUUUAUUUAAAAAUAUUAUGGCUCAAAAAUUAAUAUGUGAAACAACAGUAAAUAUUACAAAUGCAUACAUUUACACCAAAAGAAGUAACAGGAAAGAAAACAAAAGUGAAGAUGACUUGAAAUUAAGCUUAACCCAUAUUAAUAAGGAGCUAGAAAAAAAAGAUGCUGUAAUAAAAGAAAUGGAAAUAGAUACUAAAUUUAAAGAAAAUCAAAUUAAAACUUUGAGAGAAGACCAAAAAAUUUUAGAAAAUAGAAUAGAUACAUUAGUUAAAAAUGAAAUAUUUAAUCAAAAUUACAUUGAAACACUUACCAAUACAAUACAGGAAAAACAAUCUAGCCAACAAAAGAAGCAACUAGAAAUCACUAAAUUAAAUGAUUUGAACAACCAUCUUAAAAAUAUGCUUUCAACAAAUGAAUCCGAAUUGGUAGAAAAAGAUAACAUUUAUCAAAAUACAAUAAAAAGCUUAGAGUCAAAAAAUGUAAAACUCGUUGAAGAAAACAUGAACUUACAGCUUGAAACUGCAAGUCAAAUAUCUCAAAUAAAGAUAUUAGAAGAUAAAAUACAUGAUUUUCAGUCUAAAGAACAGAAAUUGAAUCAACAACUAAGAGAUGUUACAAAUAAAAAUAAAAUUUUGGAACAAAAGUUAAGUGAAAGUGUUGAUUUAAAUGAAAAAUUAGACAGUGAAUUAAAUAUAAUUUUAGACAUUAAUAAAGAAAUGGACCAAAAAUUAGAAGAAUCCUACAGAAAAAUUGAUGAACUUAUAUCUAGUGAAAAUAAGAACAGUGUUUUAAUGAAACAAUUAGAAAGCCAGAAUUUAGCUAGACUAGCUAAAUUUAUUGGACACUUUAAACAACAAUUAAAAAGUACAGAAAAAGCUCUAUUAAAUCAAAAGACUCAGGCUGAACAAGAUAAUCAAGUUUUUAAAUUGAAGGUUUUAGAACUUCAAAAACAACUUAAACAAUAUAAACAAAAAUACCAUAAAAUGUCAAAAGACUAUGAAAUUUUAAAAUUAAGUGGAAUCCAGGAUACUGAUAUUAAACUACAAAUACAAUUAGAAAAAACAGAAAAAAAAGUAAUGGAGUGGCAAAAAAAAUAUAAUGAUUCCUUAUUUGAAAAUCAUAACAUUCAAAAUAAAGUAUCAAAAUAAUAUACAAAUGAAUUAAGAUAAUGUGGUGUACAAAUAUUUUUCAAAUGAAUAUGUUUUCAAUUAAGUAUAGCUAGAAAGUUUGGAAGGUGAAUAUCAACACUUACAAAAUAAAAUACAUGAAAUGCAAGAUAAGCAUUUCCUUGAUGAAUGUGAGAAAUUAGAAAGUAACAUUAAGGAUUUUAAACUUCAAGAAGAAUUAAAUCGAAAACAAUCUAGAUUAAUUACAAAUUUGGAGGUAGAAAAGACAAAAUUAACAAGCAAAGUAAUCAAAUACCGUUAAAAAUACAACAAAAUUAAAGCAUAUAUAGAAGAAGUUAAAUCAAUGAUAACAAGUCAAAAUAUAAAAAAACUAGUGGAAGAAAAUAUUGAUCACUGUAAAACAAAG